AUGUACUCGAGGAGCUACUUAUGUGAAGGCGAUGAGUGGGGGGUGGAGGGUGAAGGACUACCGUUUGAGAUCUCAGGAGGGGGAACGAAAGGAAAUAAAUUGGCACAUGAAGUUGGUAAUGAUGGCAGAAUUGGAGGUGACGAAGUGAAUGGCGGAGACUUCUUUUGCCAUCUUUUGGAAGGUGCCCAUGGGGGGAAGGCGCCACAGUUGGGCAGCACUGGAAAUGCAUCAUCUGGGGGUGAAGCCAGCUUGGUAAGAGCCCUCAGCAAGCAGAACCUUCCGCGGGGGGACGACCACCACGCGAGGCGUCACGUUGCUGUGCGGCACGGCUCUAUGCUGGGUGGCUCUAUGCUGGGUACCUCUAUGCAGAGCCCCUCCAUGAGGGGCGCCCCCGAGCGGAACUCCCCGGGCAGCUCCCUCUGGUUCGACUCGAACGAGAGUGUCCCAUCGCAGGGGGGGAGAAAAGCAAAAGAGAAACAAAAAGGGGAACGUAUUACCCAAGCAGUGGAGCACCCAACGGAUGUGCUAAGCAAAGACCUCGGGCAGCGACUGAAUCAAGUGAAAGCCAAAAUGAAUUCCUCAUUCGGCUUAUGGGAGAGUAGCAACCCCUUGGGUCACCCCCAGGGAGGGGCGCAGCAGCUGCAGGAGGAGGAGGAGGAGGAGAAGAAGAAGAAGGAGGACCUCCUGCAAAGAAGGAAGACCAAUCUGUAUAACUAUAAGUUUAGCGCGGAAGGAGAUUUUUCCAGUGAGGCCGAUCGGCGUAGAGACUGGGGGGAGCUCAACGAGGAUGUCGGUUGGGGCCAGUCCAACCAGUGUGGCGAAUUCAAUUCCGGCGGCGGCGCGCGCAGUGGGGGAGGAGCAGCCCCGCGUGGCAGUCACCCCCCGGUGGGGAAGCACACCGAUGAGGCCUUCCACACCGAUGCGGCUUUACACAACCUGGACGUGUGCCGCUCGAACGAAAUGAAUGGAGGGUAUGGGGAACCGAGCGAGGGGAGCGAACCUCCCAGUGGGGCAGUCAGAGCAAACAAGCAGAGCUCCCAUGCAUGUAUUAAACAGAAGCUGACGAAGGAGGUUACCCCCAGUGGAGGGAGGAGCCUCUCAAGUGUCCACAGAAUCCAAGGAAAGAAGACUCCCUCCAGUGGCACUCUACAUCAUAGCAACAUGAGCAGCUACCAAAGUGGAAGCGCGAGAGGAUCCGUAAGCUCAGUGAGGAGUCACCUGACGGACCACCCCAAAGAGGAAGAGGCAAACAAAACGCACUCAAAAAAAGAAGGUGGCAAUGUUAGGGGUGCAAAUCGAUUGAUGCGCCUUCAAACCACCGCCUUGUCGGAGCGAUCGGGGAGGCCGAACACGCGAAGUAGCGUCACCAUGAGCAGUGGUAGUAACGGGAGCGGCAGUAGCGGGGGCAGCGGGAGCAGCGGCAUCGCCAAUCGCAAGCACACCACCACCGCUACCCGCAAGCACACCACCACCGCUACCCGCAAGAACGCUGCCACCGCCAACCGCGACAGCGGCAAGCUCGUAUCUUCGUCGGAUGAGGGGGGGCGCCUGCUCGACGCCGCGGCGGCCAGCGAGGAGAGCAAAUUCUUUCACGAGAUUAAGGCGUACCUCAGCUAUAAGAGCGGGGUGGACGAGGAGGAGGCGGAGGAGGAAGCGGUUAGCGCGGAUGGCGCGGUUGACGUGGAUGACACUGCUAGCCCUGCUAAGGCCGCUAACAAAGGUGACGCAUCUGCGGGAGUGGAAACCCAGUGGAGGCGCGCCGAAGACAUGGCCAAACGGAGGAGCGCCUCGAAGAAGAAGCAGCCCGCCAGGAAGCCAUCGCCAGUCGAGGGGGAGGCAGUGCCCCACGGGGAUAGCUAUCGCAGCAGCGGCGAUGGAAUGUCGAAGUUGAGCGCAGGGGAGAGGCACACAGAGUUGACCCUUCACCAGCGGAGUGGAGGUGGAAAGAGCGUCCCUCAAAAGGUGGGAAAGGAGUGUCAGCGGGGGAGGGGAGAAGAAGGUGGGCACGUUGCAACGCAGCAUAGUGAAGUGAGUACAGGGGGGGAACAGCCCCCCAAGGGAUACACAAAGUUAGCCUCUAGACGGGGACGAAUCGAUGGCGCCGUGGGGAUGAACGACCUUUCGGCGGAGACGAAAAAGACGCUGCAGUUUGGGGAUUAUUUAGACAGCAACGGGAGGGAACCCAGUGGGGGUCACCUCCUCCCCCACCAUGAGGGGGGGAACACCUCCCCUUUGAUUGGCCUUUCAUUGGCGGAGGAGGCGAACCGAGCUGAAUGGACGGGGGUAGCUCCAAGGGCCCACGCCAGGGAGGGGGACGAGCACUCCUGGGAGAAGGGCGGUGAGAGGGCUGAUGAGAAGUUCUGCGAAAGGUUAGACGAGACCCCCCGCGGGGUUAGCGCGAAUGACCACCCCCCCGCCGCACAGCUGGACGGAAAAAGCCACGGUGGCCGCCCCUCCCCCGAAGGGAACGUAAUCAAAAGGGGGAGCGCAACGAGGGAGGCGGUGGCGGAAGAGAGGAGAGACGGCAACGCCCCUAACAUCCUCGACGCAGAACCGAUGGAGCGACCCCCCCCUCCUGCCGCUGAACGGGGGAACAACGAAGGGGGGGACAGCGGGCCGCGGAUCAGGUUCCCCUUUCCACAGCGGGGAAAAAGAUUUAAAGACAUUUUCAUUUCGCUCAUUAAGAGGGGCGACGCGGGGAGGAGCCCAGAGGGGGGGAGAAGCCCAGAUGAAGGGACAAUCCCAGAGGAGGGGAUAACCCCAGAGGAGGGAUCCAACGGACAAGUGCUGCCCACACACGCGAACGCAAAGCAGGCAAGCCGAGUGGAAGAAGCGGAAGAAGCGGAGGAAGGAGAGGAGGGGGGGGAAAACAAACAGACGAAAGUGUCCCAAGAAACGAGCGAACUCUCCUUCGAAUCGAACUCAAGCAGCAGAAAAAAACCCAACACAUUAUAUAACAACUUCCUAGAGAGUCUGAAGCAUCCCUCGUGUAGACACGUGAUUGACAAGGUAAGGACGUUCAUCCAGAGGUUCCCCAAAGAUCUCAGCAGAGAGGUGGCAGCCAGCAAAAUACAUCGCUUCAUAGAUGAGACGCAGCCGGUUCUUCUGAACUGUCACAUCUACAGAAAGGUAAACGUGUAUCAAGCAAAUGUAAUCGUUGAGGGAUAUGAGAAAUUCCUUUUGCAGAAGCUCCACCCCUAUGUUUAUAGAAUGGAGCCAAAGGAUAAGGACGAGGAUGAAAAGAUAUACACCAAAAUAAACUGCCUGCAGUGGGUUGAGUUGAAGCACUUGGAGAUUGCGGAGGGCAUUCAGCUGGAGCGACUGAAGCAGGCACAGGCCGAACUCCUGCGCAUACAGAAGAUGAGGGCCCCAAACGAUAAGCUCAUCAUGGUGCUGAAUUGCUGCCGCAUCGUCACGUCUGCCGUGUACGCGGCGAAGAAGAGCUCCAGGCGCAAGCGGCAUAGAGCGCACAAGCGGAGCGACUCAGUCGGUGCCCCGGAAAACGCCGAGACGACGGUUGGGAGUGGCGCGGAAGGUGAGGCGGGCGUGGCGGAAGGUGGAGCGGUCGUGGCGGAAGGUGGAGCGGAUGCUUUGGAAGUUAAACCGGCCCAUUUGGAAGGUGGAGCGGCCGCUUCGGCAGCUAAACUGGCCGCUUCGGACGGGGACGCGUCCGAAACCGAGCGGGACGACGACGAGCUGCUGCCGUGCGCGGACGAAGUGCUCCCCGUGCUCAUCUACGUCAUCAUCAAGACGAACCCCCCGGAACUCAUCUCGAACAUCGCCUACAUCCAAAGCUUUAGGCACCCGAACCACUUCGUUUCUGAAGAAGCCUACUCCUUCACGCAGUUUUGCAGUGGCGUAGAAUUCAUUAAGGAAUUGGGAAAGUCUACGUUUUUAAACAUCCCCGAAGAGGAAUACAAAGAAAGGGUGUCCCAGGCUGAGCAAUUUUACCUGAACGAAGUUAAAGAGAGCAAUAAGAAGCUGCAGGAGGCGGCUGGCAAGCUGACCGACUUCAUCAAACUCUCCAAUGAGAAGAAACUCUGUGUGAAUGUUAUUAGCAAAAUAGAGGGGUUACAGCUGCGCUUCGAGGGGGAGGACAACUUCAACGCGCUGACCGUUUCGAAUUUGGCCGCCAUCUUCGAGGAGUACAAGCUGCUCGUGCGGCUCAAGAAUGAGAUUCUGCGGGACAUGCAGGAGCACGAGCAGGCGCUCAGCGCGGGGUGA